AUGUCCCUCCCCAACGGCCAACACGCAUGGCAGCCGCCCUCCAUUCAUCAUCAACCUUCCAGCCGCCUGUUCCAUCAACUUGAUGAUGGUCCUGCGCGGAACGGAACCCCCGUCGACCACUCCAUGACGUUGAUGCCUGAGGCACAACCUGAUAUUGAGGAAGAGCGACGACGCGCCUUGUUCAAGGACCUCUAUCACAAGAGCGAGGCAAAGAUCUCGUUGCUGUUCGCCGAUGACGGUUCCUACAACUACCCUGCCAUCGAUGCACUGCGCCGCCCCUCCGCCCCCUCCCCCUCCAUCCUACCCCCUACCACCGACCAUGCGCCGAUCCAGGAGCCUCCAUUAAAGAAGGCUAAGCGGGUCAUCGACGAAGACGACUAUGGCGAUGAUGACGACGAGGACGAUGACGAUGAAGAAAAUGCCACGCCGAACGACUCAAACAAGCCCGCGAGCGGCACCGCCGCCGCCGGCGCCGGCUCACUGCUCUCCCCCUCCAAGUCCGGCAGUUCGCCCGUGCACUCCGUCAGCUCGCCCGGCAAGCAUCUCGAGAGACUCAAACACGCCGACGGGUCCCAGGACCAUACAAAGACGAGCGAGGAUGCGCGCAAGCAGCUGGAGGAGGCGCGCCUCGCGACCGAGGAGGCGGCGAGGCGGAGCUUCCACACUAUAUUCUACACCCUCGAGAACGAUCGGACUGCCAUGCUCGAGCAGCAGCAGCUGGAAGAGUCGGAGAAACAGUUGCAGGCUGAGAUGGAAAACAACAAUAACCACAUCGCCGCCCACGGCGCCCAGGCCGAGAACCACGGCUCACUCAGCAGCGCCAAUCUUGGCGCGUCGAGCCUCACUCUCAAACACCUAAUUGCGAGGAUCGACAUGAAACGCGACCAGGUUCGCGCUUCCGACGCUGAGCUGCGAUCCCUUAUGAACGAAGUGCGCAAAAACCGAAGCAAAUGGGCCAGCGAAGAGAACGUCAACCAGGAAGAGCUAUACGAGGCCCUCGAGAAGGUCCUGACAGAGCUGAAGGCACAUACGGAAUACUCUACACCCUUCUUGCAGAGGGUCAACAAGCGCGAUGCGCCCGACUACUACAAUCUCAUCAAGCAGCCUAUGGACAUGGGCACCAUGACGAAGAAGCUCAAGUCCCUUACCUACAAGUCCAAGGCGGAGUUCGUCACCGACUUGAACUUGAUAUGGGACAACUGCCUGCGAUACAACCAAGACAUGGGCCACCCUCUCCGUCGCAUGGCCAACGGCAUGAGGAAAGAGGCCGAGAAGCUCAUCCCCCUCAUCCCGGACCUCGUCAUCCGCCCGCGGGCUGAAGUCGAGGCCGAAGAACGACGCAAACAGAAUGGUGGCGAAGAGGAUGGCGGCGACGACUCGGAUGACGAGCCCAUUAUGUCGUCCCGCGGCCGGACCGCCGGCACCAAGGGCGCCAAGUCGCGGAAACAACCUGCGGAUCAGAAGGAAGGCACGCCCAGCGUCGAUCAGAAGCCGGUCCUGCAGCUCAAUGGCCUCUUGGCUAAAGGCCGGGAAGGCUCUGAGGCGGUCGAUGGGAGCGGAUUCGGGACCCCGAUCGCAGGCUCGGCCACCCCCGGUGGCAUUAACGGGCACUCCGGCAUUGGGAGCAACGCGGACGCCAUGGACAUUGACGGGCCGACACUGAAUGGUAUGGCGCUCGGACAAGCUCUCAACGAGGCUGCGGAACAGGCCUAUGAGGACGACGAGUACAAAAUCUGGAAGCAAGUCACCAAGAAGGACCGCGCACUCAUCGCUAAGGAACGCCACAUGAUGUUCAAGGACAACAAGCUCAACUCUGAUGCGCCUGCCCUGCUCAGGAACAAGGCCGGAAUUCGGUGGUAUCUGAGGGGUCAAAAGGAGGCCGAAGCCCUUGGCGUCAUCGGUCACUCCCAAGUAGACUCCUCUGCCGUGGCCGCGAAGGAGGCUGCCAAACCAGCCGAGACCCUUGCGGAAGGCAUGGAGGGAGAAGAGGAGAAGAGCGUGCCCGCAUACUAUGAACCUCUGACUAUGAUCCCCGAUAUCCAGCCUAAGCUCCAGUGGAUCGAGGACGGCGAGGGUCAAGUUAUCAAUCAGCACGAGGAAUAUCUCCAAAUGAUCCCCGAGGGUCACUUUGUGGCGCCCAAGAGCAAGUUGACAAGCAAGAUUGACAACAACAUUCGGCAAAUCCAAGAGACCAGGAAACUAUCGAGCAAGAUCGGCGUCAUCAAACAGAUGCAGAUCCAGACUCAGGUUUACAACAACCAGUUUCCCAAGUCCAAUUACGAGGCGUUCAUCGAGCAAGACGCCGAGCCCUCUUUCAUUGCCGAUGCCGGGCCUGUCAUUGCACCGGAGACCUGCCGCCGCGCGUUGCAACGCUCCGUCGCUAAGAUUCUCUACCACACCGGUUUCGAGGAAAUGCAACCGUCGGCCAUUGACGCCUUGACUAGCAUCGCGUCCGACUACUUUGAGAAGGUCAUCAAGACCUUCAAUGUAUACCGCGAGGCAGAGAAGAUCGAGGCGGCUAACCCCCGGGUCGAAGACGGCGCCCGGUUCCAGCCGCGGUUCACCCCCGAGGAGGUCAUCUUGCACACGCUUGAUGAGAACGGAUGCGACUUGCUCAGCCUGGAGUCAUACGCCAAGGACGAAGUUGACCGACUCAGCUCUAAGCUCGGGGGUAUCCACGAACGUAUGAAGUUCCACCUUACCGAGCUCCUCCGCCCUGCUCUUACGCAGGAAGCCGGUCAAGAUGGAGUCGGCGCCUUCAAGGACGGCAGCGAGCAGUUCGUCAGCGGCGACUUUGCCGAAGACCUCGGCGAAGACUUCUUCGGCUUCAAGGCUCUCGGUCUGGACAAGGAGAUGGGUCUUGACAUGCUCUCGGUCCCUCUUCACUUGCUCCAGUCUCGUGUUCGCAACCAGUUCCAGAUGCAGACCCAAACGGUGGGUACCGAAGUCACCGAUCUCUUCGACUCGCUGCCACCUGUCGAUCCCGUCACCACAGAAAACAUCCAUGAUCAGAUCGGCCUGGUCAAGAACUUCUUCCUUGCCAAGCUCCACGCCAAUGACGACUCGCCGUUGGUUGAAGACGAAGAGCUUCCUGUCAAGCAACGACGACCCAGACCCCGCCUUGGCGCCUCUGGAAAGAUCGUCUCACCACAGAAGCGGCCGCCCAAGGAGCAAAUCGCUCUGGCCAAGAAGAAAAAGAAGAUGGAGCUGGCGGCGCAGGCCGGUGACAAGGGCGUCAACGCUUCUCCGGAGAAGAAGGGCGAGACCACCCCGGCCAAGAAGGCCAAGCACGCCAACAUCAACGGUGCGGGCCCCAACCCGGCAGCGAUCGCACUGCCUCCCAGCAUGGAGCGGCACGAAAGCAUGCAGAGCCAGGGCAACGCUAGCCAGACCGAUAAGGACGAGCCUAUGGGUAUGAUGAGCCCCGAGAGCAUUGAGAGAUGA